GAGCCGCUGCCUUAGAAAGGAAUGGAGAGACGGGCAGCGCCGGAGAGCGGCAGGGCUAGUACAGCACAUCGCCGAUGAAGUGAAAGCCGCUGAGCCUUCCUUCCUUCCUGCCUUCCCCCCCUCCCUCCCCGGCCACCAUGAGAGAAUACAAAGUAGUAGUGCUGGGCUCCGGCGGGGUGGGCAAAUCGGCGCUCACCGUCCAGUUUGUGACCGGCUCGUUCAUCGAGAAGUACGACCCGACCAUCGAGGACUUCUACCGGAAGGAGAUCGAGGUGGACUCGUCACCGUCGGUGCUGGAGAUCCUGGAUACGGCGGGCACCGAGCAGUUCGCCUCUAUGCGGGAUCUGUACAUCAAGAACGGGCAGGGCUUCAUCCUGGUCUACAGCCUGGUCAACCAGCAGAGCUUCCAGGACAUCAAACCCAUGAGGGACCAGAUCAUCCGGGUCAAGCGCUACGAGAAGGUGCCCAUGCUCCUGGUGGGCAACAAGGUGGACUUGGAAGGGGAAAGGGAAGUGUCCUAUGGGGAAGGGAAAGCCCUGGCCGAUGACUGGAACUGUCCCUUCCUGGAAACUUCAGCCAAAAACAAAGCUUCUGUGGACGAGCUCUUCGCCGAGAUUGUUCGCCAGAUGAACUAUUCUUCCCAACCCAAUGGAGACAACCAGUGCUGCUCCUCUUGUGUCAUCCUCUGAGGUUCGACCCCCCUUCCCUUUUCGCCCCACUUUACAAUGCACUAUCUCCUCUUUUUACUUGUAACAUGAUUGCAACCAACUUUGCAUCCAACGACUCCGAAAACAACAGGGUGUGUUGUUCUGGUUUCGGCGGAGGUCAUCCAGGGCCACCCGUUCAACUCAAGCCGUCAGCCCUUUGGGACCCCCUGGUAAAUUACUGGCAGGAGUUACCUUGUGCCACCAGUGUUUGGGAUUUCCGUUCAACCACUGGCAGCGGUCACAAUGGACCAUCAGCUUUGGGCGCCCUUGUUCAACUACUAGCAGUGAUCAAACCAGGUCACCAGUUUUGGGCCCCCUUUUUUAAUUACGGGCAACAGUCACCGUGGGCCACUAAUUUUGUGAACUUCCAUUCAGCUACUGACAGAGGUCACAUUGGGCCACCAGUUUUGGGUCCCCUUGUUCAACUACUAGCAUCGAUCAACCUGGGCCACCAGUUUUGGGUCCCCUUGUUCAACUACUAGCAUCGAUCAACCUGGGCCACCAGUUUUUGGGACUUUUGUUCAAAUAAUGGCAGCAGUUACCUUGGGCCAACAAUUUUUGGGCUCUGUAUCUAACCACUUGUGGUGGGCACCCUGGGCCACCAGUUUUUGGACCCUCCCCCUAUUCAACUACAGGUUGUGGUGGCCCCCUUUAACUAUUAACAGCAGUCACCUAUUCUGCUUCUGGUGGCCACCAGUUUUUGGGACUUCUGUUCAGCGAACGGCAACAGUCACCCCUGGACCACUUGUUUUUGGGCCCAUCAUGUCAGCGGUCACCAGUUUUUAGGCCCCUGGUUAAGUAGAAACACUUAACUGCAUGGAUUGAAAGAUAGACGUGAGCUGUCCAGGACUUGAUGAAAACAGGAGGGGUCCCGGGGGGGAGGGGGCCUGCUUGGUCUAACAUCUCGUAUAAAUGGGCCCCCAAGGGCAGUUCAACAGUCUGCACAAAUGGUAUGUCCGCCCCUGGCUGAAAUGCGGUCAUGUAUUCACAAGCAACUUUCCAACUUGUGGUCAUCAGGGUCUGAAGGGGUGUUGUUGGGCUACACCAUGCCCUGACGGAGAAGGUGGCACCAGGAGGGUGAGAGGAGAGUGACCCCCCCCCCCAUCAGAUCGGGGUCACCCUAGACUGUUUAGCCGAUGACUCUCCUUUUCUAUGCAAAGUGGGAUUAUUGUUACAAAGUAUCCAUUCAUAAGUAUUGCACAUCUUCAACUGAAACAAACGAUGCCAACGCAGUGGGGGGUUGCCGGCGUUGGCACCCUUGCUGCUGGUGUGUGUGAGAGAGAGAGAGGGGAAAUCUAUUUUGUUUACCUGCUGUAUAAAAUGGGAAUUUGGGAAGACUGUUAGUAUUUUUUUAUCAGCUGUGAAAAUUGUUACAUACGUUCUUUUGUCCUGUGAGCUGGCUAGAACUGUUUUUUUUUUUUUUUUUUUUUUUUUGAUGCCCAGCUUCUAUUUAAAGUACAGUGAAAUGACUUCUGCUUACCGGGGUCACCAGCACCCAACGUUCUUAGAGUGCCUUCAAAAUUCAGCUGUUCCAGCCGGUGCCAACCUGUGAAAAUCUCCACACAAUCCCAUUAUCUCCUAUUCUGCAAACCACUUAACAGUUUCCUCUCGGUAAUCACACUGAACAAGUGUGGACAAAAGGAUCUAUUGUCCCUGGAACCCGUUUCUGAGCCUGUAAAUGUAGUUUCCAUGUCUUGCACAUUUUUUUUUUCUUUUUUUUGAGGGGGUGGGAUGGAGAGGGGGGGGGGGGUUGAUUUUAGUUGGUUAACCAUUUCUGUGCCAUACUGAACGCACAUACUGACACAGAAAGGGUGCGGAUCUUAUUUUACAAGGUUUUUAGUUUUUCUUUCCUUUGUCACGUUGCAAGCAGUGGUUUUAACAUUGCGAAGCAGCCCUGAGAUUUUAAAAUGAAAAUGUGAUGUACCACAAGACCAUGAAUACGUGUAAUUUGAUUUUUCUUGGGACAUGCUGGCACAAGCUUGUCUUUUAUGUUUUAAACUAUGUUGAAUACAAAAUUUCAUUGUGACAUAA